GUUACAGGCUGCCCACCGGACUGGGUUGAAGAGGGAUCCAAUUGCUAUCGAGCCAUUCCAGAUCUCCAGAAAGCCAUUGAUGCUCGAAACGAGUGUAAAAAAUUGGGAGCUGACCUGCCUGUCAUCAGAUCAACCGAAGAAAACACUUUCUUUUUAAAGCUGACAGAGGAUCGGGGUGAAACUUGGCUUGGAAUGUAUGCUGAGAUGAACAAUGAUUUUCACUGGGUUGACGGCACCUCUGUGGCUGACACGUUUUCCGCAUGGGCUCCAGGCGAACCAAACUAUCCCGCUGACGAACACUGUGCUUAUAUGUACGUUGACAACUUCAACGACAGAAAAGGAAAAUGGAAUAAUCACAUUUGUGAUACAAAGCACUAUGUUGUUUGUCAGAAACGUAAAUAA